GCGCCCGUCGAUCAAAUUCAUCCUCGCACUCAACGCCCGUUAAUUAAACGUCCAAACUGCCAGUCCACCCUGGCCCCCUCAGCAAUGCAAACUUUGCGUCAAGAAUGUUUUGUACGCAGACAGAACUAAGACCAAAGUGACCCCUAAGCACCCUCUCUCUGCUGGUACGCAGAAAUGCUCAUCCGCUGUGCUUCGCUUGUCGAUAGCGAUGAUGGACGAUCUCUUGCGUAAUGUCACUCCACCGAACCCCUAGAAUAUCUAGCGGCCACUGUGCGGAGGACGCGUUGCCAUGGUCAGGACUGCCAGCACUCAUGAGGCUUGGGACAAGCCAACGCGUAAUUCGCCUAUGCUCCAUUCCGUGUUUCAAGAAGCACAGAAGCAUGCACGCAUAUUCCGGAGUCAGAAUCUUCUCGGAUUCUCAAACCGGCCCCCUGGUAAUUACUUUCGUGAAACACGCUAUCCACGCAAGCGGUUGCGUGCACUCGGAACCCUCGUUCUAUUGCGCGUGAUGUCCUAGGCGUCUUCUACCCGGCACUAGGUGUUCGAGACGUAUAAAAAGCAUACCAAACCGACUGGGAUGUCUCCAUUGACACCCAGUCAAAGCCUUCUCUUACUAGCUCUUCCCAUCUCUCGUCUUCCAGACCCCCCACAUUCCUUACAAAAUGCUCUCUUUCAAGUCUCUUGCUGUCGCCGCUGGUGUCGCUCUCUGCGCCGUCUCCUCCGCCUUCGCGGCGCCCACCCAGACCUUCACCUCCGAGAUCUCCACCACCACGACCACCACAGUCGAUAAGACCACUGUGAUCAAGCAGAAGAGCGUUUACGUUGUUCUCUCUGAGACGAAGUACAAGCUCGAGCCUGUUAUCGUUAACUUCCACUACCUCAACAAGGUCAACGCCACCGUUGAGACCAUCACUCCCCUCGUUAACGACGUCAAGGUCAUCAUCACUGGUGCCGUCGCUGAGCUUCAUGCACUCGUUGGUGCUGAUGUCUCAGUGAUCCUCGCCACCGCCGAUGUCAAUGUCAAGGUCACCGUCCAGGUCGUUGCUCAACUCGUUGCGGAGAUCCUCAUCGUAACUUGUCUUCAAGGCUCUCGCAUUUGUUCUCAGCGUUGUUGAUGGUGCCAUCCUCCCUACCGUCAUUGCUUUGCUUGCCACUGUCGGUGAGGUCGUCGGUGCCCUCUUGAGCAUUGUCCUCUCCCUCGUUGGUGGUCUCCUGUUCGGCCUCGUUGGUGCGAUCCUCGUUCUCAUUGGCGAGAUCCUCCCCAUCAUCCUCCAACUCAGGAUCAACAUCCUCAUCAGCGUCUUGGGCCUCAAGCUCUAAGUGCUCCCACAACGGCAGCCAUUCAGACUUGUUGAGCUUUCAUAAUGCAUUCGUUUGUUGUCCUUAUCGUAGAAGGUAGUAAUAGCGGCUCUGGGGUCAUACAAUAUACCAGAGAACAUUGGAUACUCUCACUCAUCACCGGCCUGAAACUGUGCGAGCGGCGAGAAUAUGAGACGAAUUUUACAUCCAUCGCCUGCAAGAUGAGGGUUGGUUACAAUGGCCCCUAAGUGCAGUGGGACAUGUACGGUGUAUGCUUCUAGUCUUCAUGGGGUUAAAGCCAACUUCUAGGUUG